ACCUCACCCCUGGCGACCCCGGAAGUGGGUCGGGGGCUUGGCCUCUCCCGGGCCUCCAAGCCGGCGCGGGGCGUGCUGGCCAUUGGGGUCUUGCCGAGAGUCCCGGGCGGGCAGCGGGCCCCGGGCUCCGGGCAAGGCUCGGACGAGAGGCCUAAGAUGCUAAACGUCCCUUCCCAGGCUUUUCCGGCCCCCAGUUCUCAGCAGCGCGCGGCCUCCGGGGGGCGUAGCAAGGUUCCUUUAAAACAAGGCAGGAGUCUUAUGGAUUGGAUUCGAAUGACCAAAAGUGGGAAAGACCUAACAGGAUUAAAAGGCAGGCUAAUUGAAGUAACUGAAGAAGAACUUAAGAAACACAACAAGAAAGCUGACUGUUGGAUAUGUAUAAGAGGGUUUGUGUAUAAUGUUAGCCCAUAUAUGGAAUAUCAUCCUGGUGGAGAAGAUGAACUAAUGAGAGCGGCAGGAGCAGAUGGUACUGACCUUUUUGAUCAGGUUCAUCGUUGGGUCAAUUACGAGUCCAUGCUGAAAGAAUGCCUGGUUGGCAGAAUGGCAGUUAAACCUGCAGUUCCAAAAGACUAUGGCGAAGAAAAAAGAGUCUUAAAUGGUAUGCGUCUCAAGACCCAGGUGUCAGAUACACUUGCCAAAGAAGGUCUUGAUUCUCCAAGCUAUGAUUGGUUCCAAACAGACUCUUUAGUCACCAUUGUCAUAUAUACUAAACAAAAGGAUAUCAGUUUAGAUUCAGUAAUAGUUGAUCAUCGAGAUGAUUCCUUUAGAGCAGAAACAAUUAUCAAGGAUCAUUCGUAUCUUAUACAUAUUGGGCUAAGCCAUGAGGUUGAGGAAGAUUUUACGGUGCGAGUUGCUGAGAAUGUGGGAAAAAUAGAAAUUUCCCUUAAGAAAAAGGAAAAUACUUCAUGGAAAUGUCUUGGUGUUCCCCUGGAGAAACAUAAUUUACUUAUUUCAAAGAAAGAUACAGGUUUGUACUACAGAAAGUGCCAGCUAGUCUCUAAGGAGGACGUCACUCAUGAUACGAAGCUGUUUGGCUUGAUGCUGCCGGCAAGCACUCAUCUCCAGGUGCCAGUUGGGCAGCACGUUUACCUCAAGGUAACUAUCACAGGUACAGAAAUAGUAAAGCCGUACACGCCUGUAUCGCAUUCCUUACUCUCGGAAUUCAGAGAACCAGUUCUUCCCAACAACAAGUACAUCUACUUUUUGAUCAAAAUCUAUCCUGCGGGCCUCCUCACCCCAAAACUUGAUCACCUUCAGAUUGGAGACUUUGUUUCUGUAAGUGGUCCCGAGGGCAAUUUUAAAAUAUCCAAACUCCAGGAAUUAGAAGAUCUCAUUUUAGUGGCAGCUGGAACAGGCUUCACACCAAUGGUCAAAAUCCUGAAUUACGCCUUGAGUAACAUACCCAGUCUCAGGAAGUUGAAGUUGAUGUUCUUCAAUAAAACAGAGGAUGAUAUAAUUUGGAGAUGCCAGUUGGAAAAAUUAGCACUUGAAGAUAAAAGAUUUGAUGUUGAAUAUAUUCUCUCAGCACCAACAUCUGAAUGGAAUGGCAAACAGGGACAGAUUUCACCAGCUCUUCUUUCUGAAUUUUUGAAGCGAAGUUUAAAAAAUUCCAGAGUCCUCCUCUGCAUUUGUGGACCGACGCCGUUUACAGAACAAGGAACACGAUUGCUGUAUGAUCUUUACUUUUCCAAAGACGAGAUCUACAGUUUUACAGCGUAAUGAAGAACUGUCGUUUUUCUUUAUUCUGCUAGUUCAUCGAAAUUUGUGAUUGCUUAGAAAUUUUUAAGAUAAAAAUUUUGUAUGUAUUACAAAGUUAACUAGAAUCUAAUCUUAAGUUUCUUAAAUGAAGUCAAAUGUUCCUUCAGUACAGGUAACUUGUUGGCUUUAUUUUAUACCAUGACUUAUUUUACUAUUAAUAUUUGACCUGGAAAGGCAGUCAUAGUGACAGACACACUAGGAUUCUUUGUUAUGAAUUAUAAAUUUCCUUAUUAUUGAAAUUGUAUCACUGUUUUAAAAUAAACAGCUAUGUUUUAUGACAUGAUAAAGCAAAUGAUCACUUUGAUCCCAUUUCUAUGCUAUAAAUUAUUAGCAAUACAGAUUAAAUUUUACAUUGCACUUUUACCUCAGGAAAUGAUUGUUUAUGUCCUUGUUAUUAAUAUUAAAAUGUGGAAUUCUAUAACUUACCGAAUGAUCCAAGUAAUUUUGUGUAUAUAUUUGGCAUUGAAUUCAGUAGAAUAAAAGUAUACUUAAGUACUUUUUAA